AUGGUUUGGUUGAAGAAGGCGGCCCUCGUGGCCGUCUAUUUGGCCGUUGUCAAGGCUCAAAACACGACCACCACCUCCUUCACGUCCAUGUCGUUCACGAACUCUUCGACUCAAAGCUCCACCCUCUCCUCAACCAGCUCGUCUGAGAGCUCCUCCACUCUCACCACGACCAGUCUCACGUCCAGCUUGACCAGCUCCGAGUCCAGCUCUGGCACCACGUCUGGUAGCUCUGCCAGCUCGACUGGACAGAGCAACAGCCCGACCGUCAGCCCCAGCACUUCCGCUGGAGUGUCCUCUUCGGCCGGGGUUUCGAGCUCUGCUGGAGUUUCGUCCUCCGGCGGCGUCUCCCCGGCACCGUCUUCCAGCGGUCCUGGUGCGUCUCAGGCACCGUCUUCCAAUGCUCCUGGCCCCUCGUCUAACGCCCCGGUUCCCUCGUCUUCCGGCGCCCCGGUUCCCUCUUCUAACGCUCCCGCUCCGUCGUCUGCUGCUCCGGUUCCCUCCUCUGGCGCUCCUGCUCCGUCAUCUGCUGCUCCGGCUCCGUCUUCUGGUGCCCCGGCGCCCUCUUCCGGUGCCCCGGCUCCGUCUUCUGGUGCUCCGGCUCCGUCUUCCGGUGCUCCGGCUCCGUCUUCCGGUGCUCCGGUUCCGUCUUCUGGUGCCCCGGCUCCGUCUUCUGGUGCCCCGGUGCCUUCUUCCGGUGCUCCGGGUCAGUCUUCUGGUUCCCCACCUCCUCUUGGCGGUGGCACCCCGUCCUCCGGUGCCCCAGCUCCGUCUUCUGUUCAGCCCACCGCUCAGCCUUCUGCGACUCAGUCGACUAUUCCUGGUGCCCGUAUCAUCAACGUUCUGAGCACCGCCGUCGUCGCCUUUGUCCAGUUCUUGAACAUCCAAGUUGGAGAGGCCAUCAUCUCUGCACUCCAGAUCAUCGACCCUGCCACUGGCCAACUGAGGACGGUCAACUUCGUCAUUAUCUUCCAGGGAUGCAGAGCCGUGCCUGCUGGAGAGUCGCCCUUCUCCGAUGGACGUGGCCCCGAGUCUGGCACUUUCAACCCUGGAACCUGCGCCUCGGCUUGCACUCAGAAGGGUUCCUCCAUGUCUGGAAACAUCAAGGGAGCUUGCUUCUGCGGCACCGUUUUGAGGCAAUUGACCCUCGUUGACGUCUCUCAGUGCAGAACCUCCAGCGGCUCGAAGAAGCGUCAGGCAGGCACUUUCGACCCCAUCCCCAUCGCUGAGAGUGUCCCUCAGAACCAGGUCAACAUCGCCCCGGCGAGCACCACCCUCCUGCCGUCCUCCCUGCCUGUGGUCCCUGUCAACACUCUGCCUCCCGGUGUGACCGUUAGCUCUUCCGCCUCCGGCUCGGUCUCUGGCUCAGCAUCUGGCUCAGCAUCUGGCUCAGCAUCUGGCUCAGCAUCUGGCUCAGCAUCUGGCUCAGUCUCUGGCUCAGUUACCCCCGGCUCCAGCUCUGUGCCUACAACUCGCGUCAGCUCUUCCAGCGGCAGCUUGACCGUUCCCUCCGUUAGCCCUUCGGGCAGCAGCAGUGUCACUCCCCCGGUUAGCAGCGCCGCUGCUGGAGACUUCAUCCUCGGUAUCGUCGGUGGACGCGCUCCCGUUGUUUCCAGCUCUGCAACCAGCGCUGUUUCGACCACGCGUGCGUCUUCCACUGGUUCUAGCACACCUGUUUCCAGCUCUGCGAGCUCCUCUGGCAGCUCCGCCAGGUCGAGCAGCUCUGGCAGUUCCACUGCUUCGGCCAGCUCCGGCAGCUCCGUUGCUCCGGCCAGCUCCGGCAGCUCCGUUGCUCCGAGCAGCUCUGGUUCCAGCGCUCCUGGAUCCUCUGCUUCUUCGAGCGCCCCUGCAUCGUCUGGGCCUUCGAGCAGCCUUGUCUCCAGCUCAGCAAGCUCUUCUGCUUCUUCCAGCGACUCCCUCAGCUUGCCCAUCACCCUGCCCACGAUCACCCUGCCUACUCUUUCCUCCACGUCAGCCAGCUCCAGCUCUUCUGCCACCGCGCCGUUCUCCAACGGUACCCUUCCCCUCAUCCGAAGGCAAGCUUUCAAGAUGCAUCAAGUGGAGAAGCGCCAGACAUCUACUGUCCAGACGUACGUCGGUCGUGCUGGCAACCCCAACCCCAGCAACUGUUCCCAGGCCUCUACCUUCAGACUUGGCGCCUCCGGCACUCUCUUCAUCGAUGAUGCCGCCUUUGGAGUCCAACCCGGCGUUCUGUUUGCCCCUCUGCGCAACGGCCAGUCUGGUAGCAUCGUUGCUACUUUCACUGUGACUGCUGGCGGCGGCUUCGCGUGGACCAACGAUGCCUUCUUUGGCGGUCAGGCUGCCUUCUGCCAGGAUCCUACUGGACAGGUUUUCGCUACUUUUGCCAACCCUGCUGUUCCCGGAAACGCUCCCAGCAACUGCCAGUCUGUGGCCUUCACUGUCGUUCCCCGCACCCAAUGCCAGAACAACGUCAUUGUUCCUCCUUCUUCGACCCCUAUCCUGCCGCCCACCGUUUCCAGCAGCGUCCCCGUUGUCGUCCCGACUACCACUGGUUCUGUCAACCCUCCCGGUCCUCCGGGAGGAACUACCAACGUUGUCGGACCCAGCAGCACCGCCAUUGUCGGACCCAGCAACACCAACAUCGUCGGACCCAGCAGUACCGCCAUUGUCGGACCCAGCAACACCAACAUUGUCGGACCCAGCAACACCAACAUCGUCGGACCCAGCAGCACCGUCAUCGUCGGACCCAGCAGCACCGUCAUCGUCGGACCCAGCGGAACCACUGUUGUUACUCCCAGCAGCACCAACAUCGUCGGACCCGGCGGAACCACCAUCGUCGGACCCAGCGGAACCACCAUCAUCAACCCCAGCAGCACCGCCAUCAUCGGACCCGGUGGUACCACCAUCAUUGGCCCAACUCAGACCGUCCUCCCGACUGCCACCAACACCGGCGUCACUGCUCCCAGCGUUGCUCCUAACCCUCCUGUCAUCGGCAAUUACGCGUCUCUGGGUUGCUUUGCUUCGAACGGCGGCUUCCCCUCGUUCAUUUUUGCCGAAUCGAGGGCCGAUAAUUCUAUCGAAAGCUGUAUCGCUUCCUGCGCUGGUCAGAGGUUCGUCGGUGUCUUCAGCACCGACUGCUACUGCGGAGACUUUAUCGACAACACCCAGACCUCGCUCGUUUCCGAGACUCAGUGCAACACUCCUUGCCCUGGAAACUCUACGGAGCGUUGCGGUGGUCGUGCGUCCAUCCAGCGUCGCCAGUCUGUUCCUUUGGACGUCCGCCUGAGCGUCUACAUCCGCAUCGACGCCAACACCCCCGGCGGCAACGGCGGUGUUUCCACCAUCGUCAGCGUCAGCGUCAGCGCCGGCCCCACCGCGACCCAGUCCUUCACCUUCACCACCGUCGUCACCAACCCCGGCGCCGGAGGAGCCGGAGGGGCCGGAGGUAACGGCGCCGUCCCGACAGGCCCCGUUGUCGCAGGCACCCUCACCCUGCCCCCUGGUCUCUACACCGAGGGCGGCGCCACCCCGACCGGCCAGUUCUGCCGCAUCACCACGGGAUCCUGGCUCAUCGGCCAGACGACCCUCCUCCCCUUCCCCCUGCCCACGGCCUGA